AUGUCUGCUGCCAGCUGUCUGAGAUCUGAAGAUCAGUUUCUGUGCUCCAUCUGUCUGGAUGUGUUCACUGAUCCAGUCACCACACCAUGUGGACACAACUUCUGCAAAAACUGCAUCAAUGAACACUGGAACAGUGAUGACCAGUACCUGUGUCCAAUGUGUAAAAAGGUUUUCUACACAAGACCUGAGCUUCACAUCAACACUUUCAUCUCUGAGGUUGUUUCUCAGUUCAGACAGGAAGCUCAACAGAAAGCCAGCAGCAGCAGCUCAGAGCAACAAGCUGCCAAACCAGGAGAAGUUACCUGUGACGUCUGUACUGGAACCAAACUGAAGGCCCUGAAGUCCUGUCUGGUGUGUCUGACCUCCUACUGUGAGACUCACCUGGAGCCUCAUCUGACAACUUUAGGCCUGAAAAGACAUCAGCUGAUGGACCCUGUGAAGAACCUGGAAGACAGGAUGUGCAUGAAGCACGAUAAACCUCUGGAGCUGUUCUGUAAGACUGACCAGACAUGUGUCUGCAUGCUCUGCUCUGUUUUAGACCACAAGACACAUGAGUUUGUUCCUCUGAAAGAAGAAUAUGAAGGAAAGAAGGCAGAGCUGGGGAAGACAGAGGCUGAAAUUCAGGAGAUGAUCCAGAAGAGACGACUGAAGCUUGAAGAGAUCAAACACUCAGUUGACCUCAAUGAGGAUGAAGACUUCAUCAAAGAGCUGGAACAGGAAAUCUCUGAGCUGAAGAAGGGAAGCUCUGAGGUGGAGAAGCUCUCACACUCUGAAGACCACCUCCACCUUCUCCAAAACUUCCCGUCCCUGAAAGCUGCUCCACCCACCAAAGACUGGACAGAGGUCAGUGUCUGUCCACCAUCAUAUGAGAGGACUCUGGUGAGAGCUGUGGAUCAGCUGGAGGAGACGCUCAGUAAACAGAUGAAGAAGCUCCUUGCUGAGGCUGAGCUGAAGAGGGUCCAGCAGUAUGCAGUGGAUGUGACUCUUGAUCCUGAUACAGCACAUCCUAACCUCAUCCUGUCUGCUGAUGGGAAACAAGUAAACUGUGGUGAUGUGUGGAAGAUUGUCCCAGACAACCCAGAGAGAUUUUCUUAUUGUGUUAGUGUAUUAGGAAAGCAGAGUUUGUCUUCAGGCAGAUUUUACUUUGAGGUUCAGGUUAAAGAGAAGACUGAGUGGGAUUUAGGAGUGGCCAGAGAGUCGAUCAACAGGAAAGGGAAAAUUGCAUUGAGUCCUAAGAAUGGUUACUGGACUAUAUGUUUGAGAAAUGGAAAUGAGUACAAAGCUGUUGCUGGGCCUUCAGUCCGUCUCUCUCUGAAGUCUCAGCCUCAGAAGGUGGGGGUGUUUGUGGAUUAUGAGGAGGGUCUGGUCUCCUUUUAUGACGUAGAUGCUGCAGCUCUUAUCUACUCCUUUACUGGCUGCUCCUUCACUGAGAAACUCUACCCAUACUUCAGUCCUAGUCCUAAUGAUGGUGGUAAAAACUCUGCUCCUCUGAUCAUCUGUCCUGUCAAUCACACUGCGUAGCAUAAUCAUUAGUUUUAUGUCAUAAAAUAUGUCAUUGUUUUUG